UUGGCGAGGGCUCGACCGGAAGAGGAACAGGAGAGAAACACGAGCCCGAAACGUGGUGUUGGUGAUAUAUUCGAGGAAUAAAAGAUACGAGGAAAAGCCUGCGGCACGGCCCCGGGAUUGUCGUAACGACUCUACGUAAAGAUCGCAGCAGACUGAUUAAGUGCUUUGUUGUGGUUAAUUGUUGUUGUUGUUGUUGUUGUUGUUGUUGUUGUUGUUGUUGAAAAAAAAAAAACGCCGAGGGCGGCCGAAGUGUUUGUAUCUGGUGAUUAGCGCGAUUCAUCGUUGACGAGAACAACGACGUCAACGCCGACAACGACGAGGACGACAACGAGAGGAUACACGGAAACGAAGAGUCGGUGGUGGGAACAGCGGGGGAACAAGCCAAACUGGGGAAAUAUGAGCAUUGCUGCCCUUCUGCAGGCCGCUGAGUAUAUCGAACGCAGGGAUAGAGAAGCCGAACAUGGAUAUGCUUCAACGAUGCCGGUGCCGGACGACAUACGGACGGUCACCAAGAGGCCAAAAACAAAAAAAUCCCAAGGAAGCAGGACCACGCAUAACGAGCUGGAAAAAAAUAGGUAAGUGGCGAGAAGCCGAUUAUGC